UAGCCACAGUAGGGAGAGACUGAGACCAGAUGGGCCAGAAGAUGAGCACUGAGCCUUUGACUCGCUCCGAGGUGUUUGGACAGCUCAGGAGGGAGCUCUAUGGAGAGGAGCAGUCUCCUCACUCCAACACACAUAUUUUCAUAAUCCUUGGAGCGUCUGGGGAUCUCGCGAAAAAGAAGAUCUAUCCAACUUUAUGGUGGUUAUUCAGAGAUGGCCUGCUCCCAGAUGACACAUACUUUGUGGGUUUUGCCCGAUCUAACCUGACCAUGGAGGACAUCAAGACAGCAUGUCUGCCUCAAAUGAAGGUCACUGAUGAAGAGAGUGAGUGUCUCUCAGCCUUCUUCAGUAAGAACUCUUACCUUAGAGGCAGGUAUGACGACGACAGCUCAUUCGCUCAACUCAACGCUCACCUGUCAUCUCUGCCGGGGGGAGCUGACGCCAACAGGCUCUUCUACCUGGCUCUGCCUCCCACUGUCUACCACCAUGUUAGCACAAACAUCAGAGCCCACUGUAUGAGCAGCAAAGGCUGGAACAGGCUGAUUGUUGAGAAGCCCUUCGGCCGUGACCUCGAGAGUUCACAGGAGCUGUCAGCCCACCUGUCCUCCCUGUUCACAGAGAACCAGAUCUACCGCAUAGACCACUACCUGGGCAAAGAGAUGGUCCAGAACCUAAUGGUUCUGAGGUUUGGAAAUCGCAUCUUUGGACCCAUAUGGAACAGGAACAGUGUGGCCUGUGUGGUCCUCACCUUCAAGGAGCCUUUUGGCGCUCAGGGCCGUGGAGGAUACUUUGAUGACUUUGGCAUCAUUCGAGAUGUCAUGCAGAACCAUCUCCUGCAGAUGCUCUGUUUGGUCGCCAUGGAGAAACCUGCCUCCACCAGCCCAGCUGACGUGAGGGAUGAAAAGGUGAAGGUACUGAAGUGUAUAGCCCCUGUUGCUAUGUCAGAUGUGGUCCUCGGUCAGUACGUGGGGGACCCCAAGGGGGAGGGCCACUCCAGGCUGGGUUACCUUGAUGACCCCACGGUACCAGAAGGCUCCUGCACACCAACCUUUGCAACCGCAGUCCUCUAUGUCCAGAAUGAAAGGUGGGAUGGCGUUCCUUUUAUUCUCCGCUGUGGGAAAGCUCUGAACGAGCAGAAGGCAGAAGUGCGUCUGCAGUUCACCGACGUGCCAGGAGACAUAUUUGAUAACCGCUGUCAGAGGAAUGAGCUGGUGGUGCGGGUGCAGCCAAACGAGGCCAUUUACCUGAAGAUGAUGACCAAGAGGCCUGGGGUUUACUUCAGCCCAGAGGAGACUGAGCUGGACCUUACCUACAGGAGCAGAUACAAGAAUGUGAAGCUCCCAGAUGCUUAUGAGAGGCUGAUACUGGAUGUCUUCUGUGGGAAUCAGAUGCAUUUUGUCCGCAGCGAUGAGUUGCGGGAGGCCUGGAGGAUCUUCACCCCCCUCCUCCACCAGAUAGAAGCAGAGAAGAUACACCCCAUCUCUUACACAUAUGGAAGUCGCGGCCCGAAUGAGGCAGAUGAUCUGGUGAAGAGGGUGGGAUUCCGCUAUGAAGGAACAUACAAGUGGGUGCAGCCCCACACCACAUGAUGCCUUCUGUCACGCACACACACGCAUCACGUAACUCAUGAACACGCACACUGCUGUCGGCAAGUUUACAGACAAUAAAGUUUACUGCAAUCACUCACUGUUGUACCGUCUGAUUUUGUCUGCAUGUGAAAUAAACAUACCACUGCUUUUUGUCCCUAAUCAUACAAGAAUGAAUGUACUAGCCUGAUUUAAGGGUUCACCUGUAAAUUUCAAAA